UCUUUGAAUUACACAAAUUCUCACAAUCUCACAGAAAAAAAAAACACACACACUCAAAAGUUUUCCGAUCAACCGAAAACUCACUUCAAGAAUGGCGUCUCACGAUCAGCAGUACAGAGCCGGCGAAGUCAAAGGCCGAACCGAGGAGAAGACCGGUCAGAUGAUGGGGACAAUGAGGGACAAGGCGCAGCAAGGGAAAGACAAGACGUCCGACACGGCGGGAGCCGCCUGGAACCGGACCAAAGAGUCCACAGACCAGACCGGAAGCUACGUGUCAGAUAAGGCCGGAGCUGCGAGGGACAAAGCGUCGGAAAUGGGUCAAGCCACCAAGGACAAGGCGUCGCAGAUUGGUCAAGCCACCAAGGACAAAGCCUCGGAUACAGCACAGUGGACUAAAGAAACUGCUGAGAGUGGAAAAGAGAAGACCGGAGGGGUGAUGCAGAGGACUGGAGAGCAGGUGAAGAAUAUGGCUCAAGGUGCUGCGGAUGCUGUGAAGAGUACUCUUGGAUUCGGGGAGAAUGAAGGUGGUGAUAAGCACACCACUGGCACUACCGGUGGCCUUGAUACUACCACCACCACCACCCGGAGGACCAACUACUAGACGUUGAAUGGUGGUGGUGUGAUAUUAUAUUGCGUUUUUAGUUGUUUCGAGGGAUGGUUUUUAUUGUUCCCUUUCGUUUGUUUGUUUUUUUUUUUUUUAAUGUUAGGUUGGUGGGUGUAUGUAUAGAGAAUACUGGUGUGAUCAUAUACGUAUGUCUUACCACCUUGGUGUCCUCAUAGUUCUCGAUACUUCACAUCGCAAAUAAAGUGGGGAUUUUCUAUAAAUGGCUUUUGAUUUUCUAUAAAAUUUUCCUCUUUUUA